UGUGACUGUGGGCUUUACCCAGGAGGAGUGGGAGCACCUGGACCCUAGUCAGAGGUCUCUGUAUAGGGACGUGAUGCUGGAGAACUACAGCAACUUAGUCUCAGUAGGGUAUUGUGUUACCAAACCAGAGGUGAUCUUCAGGCUGGAGCAAGGAGAGGAACCGUGGAUACUCAAGGAAGAGUUUUCAAGCCAGAGCUACCCAGGUAGAAAUCCUGGUGGGACUGUGGGAUCAAAUGACAUUUGGAAAGCUGAUCAUCUGAAAGAGAGGAACCAAGAAAACAAACCUACACAUUUGUGGAAAGUUGUAGUCAUGAAUAACAAAAUGCUGACUAAGGUACAAGGUAAUGUAAUAGGAAAACCAUUUGACUUGGACAUAAAUUGUUUUCCUUCCAGAAAAAUACUCUCUCAGUGUAACUCAUGUGGAAUGAGUUUCAACAAUGUUUCAGAAUUGGUUGUCAGUAAGAACAACUAUUUAGGAAAAAAGCCUAAUGAAUUUAAUGCCUGUGGAAAAUUUCUACUCAGUAUUAAGCAGGAAAAAACUCAUACUAGAGAGAAAAGUGAAUGGUUUAACAUUAGGAAAACCUUCAGUGAUCAUGAGGACCCUAUGCAGCAUCAGAAGAUUCAAACUUUAGAACAAAAAUUUGAACAUAAUACGUGUCAGGAAACCUUCCUUGAAAAGUCAAUAUUUAAUACACACACGAGAGAGAACACAGAGGAGAAUGGCUGUGAAUUUAGUGAAUACAGCAGAACUUUCUGUGAUGACUCAUCCCUCUUGUUCCAUCAGAUACCUCCUUCAAAGGAGAAUCACUAUGAGUUUGGUGAUUGUGAGAAAUCCUUACAUGAGAAGUCCACCUUUUUGAAACAUCAUGGGGUACAUAUGAAACACUAUGAAUAUAAUGAAAGUGAGAAUAAUUACAGGAAGAAAUUGUAUCUGUCACAAUUUCAGAAAGCUGAUAAAAGAGAGAAACACUUUGAAUGUAAUGAAUGUGGGAAAGCUUUCUGGGAGAAAUCACAUCUCACUCGUCAUCAGAGAGUGCACACAGGAGAGAAACGUUUUCAGUGUAAUGAAUGUGGAAAAACAUUCUGGGAGAAGUCAAACCUCACUAAACAUCAGCGAUCACACACAGGGGAGAAACCUUAUGAAUGCAAUGAAUGUGGGAAAUCCUUUAGUCAGAAGUCAGCCCUCACAUUACACCAGAGAACACAUACAGGGGAGAAACCCUAUCAGUGUAAUGCAUGUGGGAAAACUUUUUACCAGAAGUCAGACCUCACUAAACAUCAGAGAACACACACAGGGCUGAAACCCUAUGAAUGUUACGAAUGUGGGAAAUCCUUCUGUAUGAAUUCACACCUUAUAAUACAUCAGAGAACUCACACAGGUGAGAAGCCCUUUGAGUGUUCUGAGUGUGGGAAAUCCUUUUGUCAAAAGUCACAUCUCACACAGCAUCAGAGAACUCACAUAGGGGUUAAACCGUAUGAAUGUAAUGCAUGUGGGAAAACUUUUUACCACAAAUCAGUACUUACCAGGCAUCAGAUAAUUCAUACAGGGUUGAAGCCUUAUCAAUGUUAUGAAUGUGGGAAAACAUUCUGCUUGAAGUCAGACCUCACAGUACAUCAGAGAACUCACACAGGAGAGAAACCUUUUGCAUGUCCUGAAUGUGGGAAAUUCUUCAGCCAUAAGUCAACCCUCUCUCAGCAUUAUAGAACACACACAGGGGAGAAACCCUAUGAAUGUCAUGAAUGUGGAAAAAUAUUUUACAAUAAAUCCUACCUAACCAAACAUAAUAGAACACAUACAGGAGAGAAACCCUAUGAAUGCAAUGAAUGUGGGAAAACUUUCUGCCAGAAGUCACAACUCACUCAGCAUCAGAGAAUUCACAUAGGGGAGAAACCCUAUGAAUGUCAUGAAUGUGGAAAAGCUUUCUGCCAUAAGUCGGCUCUAAUCGUACAUCAGAGAACCCAUACGGAAGAAAAGCCCUAUAAAUGUGAUGAUUGUGGAAAAUCUUUCUGUGUGAAGUCAGGACUUAUUUUACAUCAGAGAAAACACACAGGGGAGAAACCCUAUGAAUGUAAUGAAUGUGGGAAAUCCUUCAGUCACAAAUCAUCCCUCACAGUUCAUCACAGGGCUCACACAGGAGAGAAAUCUUGUCAAUGUAAUGAAUGUGGGAAAAUUUUUUACCGUAAAUCAGACCUUGCUAAACAUCAGAGAUCACACACAGGAGAAAAGCCCUAUGAAUGUAACACAUGUGGAAAAACCUUCUCUCAAAAGUCAAAUCUCAUUGUACAUCAGAGAACACACACAGGAGAAAAACCUUUUGAAUGAAA